GCAACCUUCCAUGAUGGCAGAUGUUGUGUGAAUGUUUAUUUUUUUUAUAAAAUUAUCAAAUGCCCGUUCUAAUCUUCAGGAAAACCGUAAAUAGCUUAUCAAAAACUCUGGUCAUGAAACUGUGAUAAUUAGAAACCUAUCGGCAGUGGAGCGCGAGCUAUUGAGCAUGUCAAAUGAUAGUGCGAGGACGCGGUAGUAAAAUGCCGUGCGAGAGUUGUGCGGUGCAGUUCAGCGUGUUCCGUCGCAAGCGGGCAUGUUCGGAGUGCGAGCGGUACUACUGCGCGGGCUGCCUGCGGCGCGGCGGCGGCGCCAUGUGCGCUCCUUGCCGGGCUCUCUCGACGCGCCCGCUGGCGCGACCAGCCAUAGCUCAUCUCAAGGUCCGGGACCUGCAGUGCUUCUUGCAGCGCCAGAACGUGUCCACCCGCGGUUGCGUCGAAAAGGAAGAAUUAGUAUCACUCUGCGUGUCGCACGUGAACAGCACGGCGUACAGACGGCGGGCGCCCCGCGCGGAGCCCUUCCCCUCCCUCAAGGGCAUCACCAGCAACAUCAACAACUUCAUCAACACCACCUUCGACUUGCGACCACCACCCAGACCACAGCAACAGAGGCCACAGCCUAACACCAAUGGAGGCGGGUGCUACAACACGGCGCACCAACACGCGCAGAACCCUACGCCCGCACAGGCGCCGCGACGCGAGCGCUUCACUCCCACACCAGGCGGUCAGGAGCGCAUCUCGGUACCAGUACCAUCGGCAACUACUCCCGGGGCCGCGGCAGAGUCCGCCCAUGUGGACACGGCAGACUGCUUGGAGGUUGAAGACUUAGAUGACUCGGGCUGGGAGUUUGUCCGGCGACCCGCCGAUCCUCUACCCAAUGAUUCGGAAGUGCUUCUCGCAUCCCCGGGCGCCUUCUCGGGCCCCGGCACGCCUCUCCGAGCCGCCUCGUCUCUAGAACUGCGCUCCCCGUCCGCCGGCUCGCGCGACGCCGACAGCGCGUCGCUGCAGGACGAGCCGGUACAACGGACGCAGAGACCACCUUCUCCACAACGGGUAUCACCACCGAGGAGAGCCCCGUCUCCACCGAGAAGAGAUAACUCGACACCGCACACUCCGACACACUUGAUACCACCGAAGCAAGAUGGGAAUGAAUCUGACUCUAACACAGGCGGAUCUCAGGCAAUAACGCUCGACGACCUGAAAGACCUAUCAUCGCUGGACGCCCUAACCGUCCGUCAACUCAAAGAACUGUUAGUACGGAACCGCGUCGAGUUCCGCGGCUGCGUCGAGCGACAAGAACUGCUAGUACGUGCACAGCGGCUAUGGCAGGACCAUGCCAAAUAUAAAGACGAACUAGAAGCGCUCCCACUAGAAGAGUGCUGCAAGAUCUGCAUGGCGGCCCCACUAGAGUGCGUGUUGCUGGAGUGCGGGCACAUCGCCGCGUGCACGCGCUGCGCCAAGCAGCUCGCCGAGUGCCCCAUCUGCCGGCAGUACGUCGUGCGCGCCGUGCGCUUCUUCCGCUCCUGAAUGUGACUGCAGAGCGACACGUCCUGAACGUCACGUCCG